CAAAAUAAACUCACAAUAAAAAUAGAGUCAAAUUUUGUAAACUGUCAAAAUUUUAAGAAAAUGUUAAAAUGGCAUCGUCUCAAGAUGCUUGGUACUUAGCUUUAUUGGGGCUCGCAGAAAAUUUCCGGACAUUAAGUCCGCCUAAUAUAAAGUUAUGUAUACAAUGUUUGCAAGCUGUGUUUACAUUUAAACCACCACCGCGAGUUGAGGCUCGGACGCAUCUUCAAUUGGGUAAUGUGUUAUUAACUCACACCAAAAAUAUAGACAUUGCGAAACAUCAUUUAGAACAAGCGUGGCGUCUUUCACAAAUGAUAAACAAUGCUUUUGAUGAUGUUAAAUUUGAAGCAGCUAGUGUUCUUGCUGAACUAUAUGAACAACAAAAACAAUCGAAUUUAUCAAAGCCAAUAUUGAGGAAAGCGAUCGAAUUAUCACAACACAGUGUUUAUUGGCAUUGUCGAUUAAUAUUUCAACUUGCACAAAUACAUGCAACAGAGAAGGACUAUGAAGUUGCCAGCAGUCUGUUAGGUGUAGGAGCUGAUUAUGCACACAUAUCAAAUGCCUGUUACACUAGAGUCCUGUUUUUACUCAGUAAAGGAAUGAUGUUACUCACAAUGAAAAAGUUUCAAGAAGUUCAUCCUUUAUUAAGUCAAGCUGGUAUGUUAAUUGAAAAUUGGCAAGGAAAUCCACAUCAGAAGGAAUAUUUAAAAGUAUUUUUCUUAGUCUUACAGGUGUGCCACUAUUUGAUGGCUGGUCAAGUGAAAAGUGUUAAACAAUGGUUAAAACAAUUACAACAAAGUAUACAAAUUAUUAUGUCUCCAACAUGGCCUACUGACGAUGUAAUUAGUGGGUCAAGUGUUGGUGAUAUGUUCUUAUGGAUGCCUAAAGAACAUUUAUAUGUACUUGUUUAUUUAGUGACUGUUAUGCAUAGUAUGCAAGCUGGUUAUAUGGAGAAAGCUUUAAAAUAUACUGAUAAAGCAUUAACUCAAAUUGAAAAAUUAAAAAUUGUAGAUACAAAACCAAUAUUAUCAGUUUUACAAUUAAUGUUAUUAGAACAUAUUGCAAUGUGUCGAUUAGUAACUGGUAAUAAAUCAUUAGCAUUACAAGAAAUAUCACAAGCAUUUAAUGUAUGUAGACAACAUCCAAGAUUAUUAGAUAGACAUCGACCACAAUUACAUACUUUAUUAGGAUUAUAUGCUAUGAAUAUGAAUUGUAUGGAGGCUGCUGAACUUCAAUUUACAGCUGCUUUAAAUACUUCUCAAGAAAGGGAAUUAUGGACUUUUGCUAAUUUAAACCUGGCCAUUGUAUAUUUACGUGCAAAAAGAGAUGCUGACUUUAGUGCAUUGCUUGAACGGAUCAAUCCCGAAACAUUACAAUCGCAUUCACACAGUUUACGCGCCGCUUCUUAUUAUGUACGAGGUCUUCAAUCAUUUUUUCAAGCGCGGUAUAACGAAGCAAAACGCUAUUUAAGAGAAACUUUAAAAAUGGCGAAUGCUGAAGAUUUGAAUAGAUUAACAUCAUGUUCUCUUGUUCUACUUGGUCAUAUAUUUUUAUCGCUUGGAAAUAGUCGAGAAAGUAUGAAUAUGGUGACGCCAGCCAUGCAUUUAGCAAGUAAAAUACCAGAUGUUCAUGUACAAUUAUGGGCUUCUGCUAUCCUUAAAGAUUUAUAUCGAAUGAGUAAUGAUCCAAAUAGAGAAAAUGAAGCGUACCAAAUGCAUUGUAAUUAUUCACAAAUGUUAUUAAAAGAUCAUUUCCAAUCAACACAGAUGCCUGAACAUAAUUUAAUUCAUUGGACAGAAGGAGCUAUCCCUAAUAUUACUGGAAACAAUCAUCCUCCAAGUACAUCUAGUACAAUCAUGUGAUAUUUAUUUACUAUUUACUAUUAUUAAUCAAUUUAAAACAUUUAUUAUUAAUUAUUCUUAUAUUUGUUUUAAAAGAUACUAUUAUUUUUAAUUGUGUAUGUCCUUCAUUUUUAUUUAUAAAAC